ACAGCCAUCCCGCCCUAUAUAACGCGUUCAUCCCUCGAACAUGGCCUUUUCUCCUCGCCGGCGGGACCCUUCCUUCGACGUUCAUUUACGUUCAUUUUUUUUUCUUCACAGUCGGCUGGUUCGACUGCAUUGUAUUACUCCCUGCUUACUUUACGACCUUUGGACACGUCCAACUCGUUGAGCGACACAUUUCUGACUCAAUAUGCACACAGUCGUCUUGCGAUACAUCCCUCAUGAACACCCUCCAACGGACGUCCCGUUCGAGUUACGCAGCUAUUAUACGAAAGAAGUCUGGGAAUCCAGGCUCCCGGCGAUAACUCGAAAAGCCUCUCGGUACUACAAGAGGAAUAUGCAAAUAAUCUGGAUCAUAUUGCUUUUUGUCUGCUCUAUUGGAGUGCCCAUUGCUCUGUUCUACGUUGCACUUGAUCAUCUGCCUGAAUCGGAAGCAGAAAAGCAGGAAGACAAAGACUUCCCCUUCCACCACUAUUGGCAUGGUGGAUUUGAUCGGUACUGGAAAGCCCGUCUCAUCGCGUUGGCGUCGUGGAUUGCCGUCAUGCUACUGUUUUACGUACCGAUAAUAACCUGGAAACACCUUGGUCGGAAGAAUGUGAAUAAGCAAUUGAAGAAAUGGGAGAAGGAAGAUCGGGCAUCCCGUUCAGGCAGUGUCGAUGUGCCGACAUUCAAGCUUCUUCGCAUCGGUAUCUUUGGCAACACCAUCAGAUUGCAAGUCACGCUUCCAGCGUCCUAUGUGCCUGUCUCUUCUUUUCACCCUGCGGCUCACCUCCCUGCCUAUUUGGUAAAUGGCCCCUCUGACCCAGCUGCAGCCUACUACUACAACAACGCAGCCCCGAUCUCUGCUCCAGUCUACCCACAAGCACCCCUUGGAGGGUAUCCAGCUGCUCCCUUGACAGCUCUCAGCGGUAUCCCUCUCUAUAACGCCAACGAUGAGAAAGCUACAGGAUACAUAGGAGGGAUCGGAGCCGCGACGCAGCCCCCGCACUCCGCUCAGUCGAACAAUGGCAAUUUCGAAGAUGUCAAAGUUUGACAGACGAUUGGAGCUGGUAGCAGAUGAUCAAUGAUGGAGCGUUGUUGUUGAGGUGGUGCAUUUGAUUGAGACACAGCAUAUUCAGUUACGGACGCGGGUUGUCACGACGAUGACGACUUGUGAUGUAGGAUCUGUGUCCUGAGUUGGACUGGUAAUGAAUACAUAUUUGUCCCCCGGUCAAAUCCGUUGUGUGAAUGGGGUUCGUGUACAGGGCGGAUACAUUCGUGAGACUUGCGAAGACUGCAACACAUACGCCUUAUUGAUGAGUACUCUUGCGCAGUCAAGAAAAUAUGUAGAAUGUC